UUAUUAGUAGUGUUACAGUAUAUGUAAGUAAGAAGAAGAACACACUUGGUGGCAAUGCAUCAUCGCCCAAUAAUAAUAUCCAUCAUUAUUAUUACAACCCAAGUUUCUAGGUGGGUUGUUAUUAAGCGGCAAGCAACAUUGAUUCAUUUCAUUCAUGUUGUAACUUACCGUGCUAUGUUGUGUCUGCUGCUUAAUAUUAAAAAAAGGGUUAGGCUUCAUCAUCAUGAGUCCAAACUUUUUUAGCUGAGCUCAACUUUUAUGUAGCUGUUAAACGACGAAUGCAAUACUGUAGUGACGGUCGGUCCGUACUAUUUUGUGCCUCUCUGUUAAUGUGGAUGCCUUAAAGACUACUUUUACAACGAACAAACCAACCUAAUACGAGCAAUAGCAAUAGCAAUUCUACAACUAAACUAAACUACAUUUGCAUUCGUUCACUCAUUAUUAUUAGUGUUGGACUGGACUGGCUGGAGAAUUAAUCUGUUUCUGUGUGCAGUGGUGGAGAAGAUAAAUAAAUAGAGAGAAAUUAUUUCACAGCAAAAUCUGUGGGUUUAGGAGAGAGAUUGAGAUUUUUUCAAGUAAAAGAUAAUUUGAAGACUUGAAGAGAAUUUGUGGAUCUUUUAUUGUGUAAUCUUGUCCAGUGAUUGAUUAUAGUAAAAAAAACGGAGGAUUUAUAUUAUUGGAUUCGUGAAUAAGGAGGAACGAGCUAUAAAAUUAAGUGACCUGCAAACAGACUUCACGUCAAACUCAGCCGGAAAACAACUGAAAGCACAAGUCGUUUGUUUAUCCUUCUCGUAAUUCUACUAGUAAGACUGCACCACAACGGAACAUCCCACCCACCACAAAAUAGAACAGACAGGAUUUACGGUGUUGGACGGACGAGAGUGAAAGUGGACAAGAACUCGGCACAGUUUUAAAUUUUUAGUGGUUUUGACUUUUGAGUGAAAAGGGAAAGUUUGUUGGUCUUGUCCAUAAAUACAUAGUUGACCAGCCCUUUUCCCUCCUUCCUUGUCCUGUCCUGCAUAAUCUAUCAAAACAAAUUGGAUAAGUGCUUAUCCCUGUCACCCCUGCCUGACACGAGCGAGUGAGUCGAGCGUGAUUGAAUUAAGGGACGAGGAAAUGGAGGACAACAACAGCAAGCGACAGGGGACGAGAGUUUUUAAGAAGAGUGCGCCCAACGGAAAGGUAACAGUGUACCUUGGAAAGAGGGACUUUGUCGACCAUUUGGACCAUGUGGAUCCCAUUGACGGCGUGGUGCUAAUAGAUCCCGAAUAUGUGAAAGAGAGAAAAGUAUACGGCCAUGUCUUGGCCGCAUUCCGAUAUGGUCGUGAAGAUCUCGACGUCCUCGGACUGACCUUCAGGAAGGACCUUUACCUCGCCUCCGAGUUAAUUUACCCACUCCCCGAGGCCACCAAAGAUAAGCCGCUUACCCGACUUCAAGAGCGUCUCUUAAAGAAACUGGGGGCGAAUGCAUUUCCAUUCUUUUUCGAGCUACCUCCCCACUGUCCUGCCUCCGUGACGUUGCAACCGGCACCUGGCGAUACUGGGAAGCCCUGCGGGGUCGACUAUGAGCUCAAAGCUUAUGUCGCGGAACAGGCUGAUGAUAAGCCACAUAAAAGAAAUUCUGUUCGACUCGCCAUCCGAAAGAUUAUGUACGCUCCAGGCAAUCAGGGGGAACAACCAUCCAUCGAGGUAUCCAAAGAGUUCAUGAUGUCGCCGAAUAAACUCCAUCUGGAAGCGUCUCUCGACAAGGAGUUGUACUAUCAUGGCGAAUCUAUAGCGGUGAAUGUUCACGUGGCCAAUAAUUCCAACCGGACGGUGAAAAAGAUUAAAGUUUCUGUCCGCCAGUUUGCAGAUAUUUGUCUCUUUUCCACAGCCCAGUAUAAAUGUACCGUUGCGGAGGCGGAGUCAGAUCAUUACAGGGAAGGUUGUCCAGUGGGUCCAGGAUUUACGUUAUCCAAAGUUUACCAACUUACACCAUUACUGCUGAACAAUAAAGAGAAGAGGGGGCUAGCUUUGGAUGGUCAGUUAAAACAUGAAGAUACCAAUCUCGCGUCUUCCACCAUAAUUACUGACGCAUCGGCUCGAGAAAAUUUGGGGAUUAUAGUUCAGUACAAAGUCAAAGUUAAGCUAUGUCUAGGACCUUUGGGAGGAGAUUUAUCUGCUGAAUUACCAUUUGUGUUAAUGCAUCCCAAACCUGAGGACGACGAAAUAACACUAGUACCCACUUCAUCUCCCAACUCAAACCACCAAGGUGGCGAUGGUAUAGACGUUCCUGUAGAUAAUCUCAUUCAACUUGAUACGGAUGACGAUAUUAUAUUUGAAGAUUUUGCCCGACUGCGUCUCAAAGGGGAGACAGAGUAGUAACGGACAUUAAUCAGAGAGAUUGGAUAAAUAAUGAAAUCCAUAAAGUUUAAUUUUUCAUAAAAUGAAUGAUGAGAAUACUGCAAUCAAGUCCAACCUGCCCAACUUCUUCACUAUCUGUGGACAAAUUUAAGAUUUAAAAACGAAGAAAUGAAGCUGAGAAAUUAAUUAUAUAAUUAAGGAAGAAAGAGAAGGGAGCAUAAUAGUUAAGUAAAUGUUUGUAAUCUAAUCAUUUUCUGUAUGCAUUUGCUAACAACAUUUUUUAGGGUAUACGAUCUAUUAAUCAUAUUUACAAUUUCCUAUAUAUUAUCACAACUUACUACUAAAUACUAUAUGUAUUACUACUACUUUUACUUUGUUCUACUACAUACUGCGUAAAAUUAAUGCUAAGUUGAUGAGAAUGAAUUAUAUUGUUUAAGUACAAGAUUGAGCAAGCGAAUAAAUUGCAAAUACAACAAGUUGAGUCUUUUAAGAAAGUA